UUCCCUGGUAACAAUGGAGCAGAAAAUGGCCGCCUGAGCGGGGAGGCAGCGCGGCGCGGCGGUGUUCGGAGUGGGGCGAGCGGCACUGGGGCCCCAAGCAGCGGGCAGAGCGGCGGCAAGGGAGCCGGUGCGGCGGCGGGCGUUACUCUGCCACUCGUCAAGAUGGAAGGGUCAGAUUCUAGUGAUAAAGGAAGUAUUGAUCAAUCAGAAGCACAACGCCAAAGCCAGCUAGAUCGGUUAGAUCGAGAAGAGGCUUUCUACCAGUUUGUGAACAACCUGAGUGAAGAGGACUACAGGCUUAUGAGAGAUAACAAUUUGCUAGGAACACCAGGUGAAAUUACUGAAGAAGAGUUGCUGAGAAGGCUACACCAAGUUAAAGAAGGUCCGCCACAGCAAAACAGUGAUGAGCAUAGAGGUGCGGAGUCCGCAGAAGAUGUUUCAAAUGGAGAUUCUAUAAUAGACUGGCUUAAUUCAGUCCGACAGACGGGAAAUACAACACGAAGUGGCCAACGAGGAAACCAGUCUUGGAGAGCAGUGAGCCGGACUAAUCCAAAUAGUGGUGACUUCAGAUUCAGUUUGGAAAUAAAUGUCAACCGUAAUAAUGGGAAUGCAAAUCCAGAAACUGAGAAUGAGCCAUCUGUAGAGCCUUCCAGUGGGGAGGAUUUGGAAAACAGCCAAAGUGACUCUGAAAUUCCAAGGUCUGAAUCGCCAUCUGUAAGGCAGCCUGGAUCAGAAAGGAGCACUUCGGAGGAGCUAACAACUGAGGAAGCUUCCCCUCCUAGAGGGCAGAGGAGAGCAAGAAGCAGGAGUCCAGAACAGCGGAGAACACGGGCUAGAACUGAUAGAAGUAGGUCACCUAUUAACCCAGUGAAUGAGACUCCUCGCAGGUCUCGUCACAAUACAUCAUCUCAAACGCUUGACCCCUCCUCAGGGAAUGAAGCUGAGGGAAGCUCUAGAACUAGGCAGCACGUGACCUUAAGGCAGCACGCGGUGGGGACUGAGAUACCGAGUGAAAACGCAGUUCUGUUUUCAACCCCUGAAACAAGGCCUGUUCCUCAAGCAGCAGGUUCUUCAGAAACUAACAGCACCAGUGAGUCUGCAGCUCCUGGGCAGAGGCCUCCUACCAUAGUGCUUGAUCUGCAGGUGCGAAGAGUUCGUCCAGGAGAAUACCGGCAAAGAGACAGCAUAGCCAACAGAACUCGGUCCAGGUCCCAGACACCCAACAACACAGUCACUUACGAGAGCGAACGAGGAGGGUUUAGGCGCACAUUUUCACGUUCAGAACGUGCUGGAGUGAGAACUUAUGUCAGUACCAUUAGGAUUCCUAUCCGUAGGAUCUUAAACACAGGCUUGAGUGAGACUACAUCAGUUGCUAUUCAGACUAUGCUAAGGCAGAUCAUGACAGGCUUUGGAGAGCUAAGUUACUUCAUGUAUAGUGAUAGUGAUGCGGAUCCUAGUGGCCCAACUCCAAAUCAGAAUGUGGAUGCUUCAGAGGCACAGAAUGAUGGUGGUGGUACUUCAAGCAAUGAAAGCACAGAUGUUAGCUCAGGGGAGGUGUAUGAAGGUGGUAAUGAAGGUGGUUCGACAUCUGGUGCCAGGCGCGAAGGUCGGAAUACAAGGGGAUCGGUCACAUUUGAAGAAAGCGGUUCUCUACCAUUCCUUAGCCUAGCACAGUUUUUCCUGCUAAAUGAAGAUGAUGACGACCAACCAAGAGGACUCACCAAAGAACAAAUUGACAACCUGGCCAUGAGGAAUUUCGGUGAGAGCGAUGCUUUGAAAACCUGUAGUGUGUGUAUUACUGAGUACACAGAAGGCAACAAGCUCCGUAAAUUGCCUUGUUCGCAUGAAUAUCACGUCCACUGUAUUGAUCGCUGGUUAUCGGAGAAUUCCACUUGUCCCAUUUGUCGCAGAGCAGUCUUAGCUUCUGGUAACAGAGAGAGCAUUGUCUAAAUGAGAUCUGCAUCUAUGGCCAAGCAGCUGGUGUGAUAGUGAUGGGCAAAGAAAUCACUUCCUUUAUGGCCACUUUUUGAGUGGUACCUCAGUGUAUAGUAGUGACUUGGAGCGAAUCUUCCCUCAUGAACGCAUUUUUUCUGAAUUCAAGCUUUUAAAAUCAGAAAAUUUCUUUAAUUAGUUUUUUCAAGGUUGAGUCAGUUUGGUUGUUAAAUGUCACUUGUCCAAAGACAUCUGCCCACUUACAAAUAUUUUUUUUUUCUUGAAGAGUGUUAAGUUUUUUUCCACCUGCACAGCCCCUGCCAUCCCAGUCCAAUAGAAUUUUGUCCUCAAGAUUGUGCGUCUGAGGAGUUCUUUGAGGAGUCAGCCCAGCUAAACGUACAGGAGUCAUGGAGGAGUUACUGCAAGAAAUCCAACUAUCAGAAAAGAUCUGAACGUAAUUGCACACUCGAACAUAUGUUUGAUUUUCAUACUGGGUUCCUAUUGGCUGUGUCUGUAAAUAACACUAACGGUAGCCCUUUCCCCAUCACUAUGGCACGCUGUAGGAGGAGCUGGUAGCUUAAUUGGGAUAUUUAUCUUGUUGUGGAAAUAUAAGAAUUGCCUAUGCUUGUUUAAAUAAAAGAAAUCUGUUUUAAAAUUGUAAAGCUUUUUUGUAGAAGCUCAGUACUUUUCCAAGGCGCUGUUGUACUAACGCAGUAAGAAUUAAAAUUGUACCAUGCUUAGAAAUCAAGAAUGCUUUUCAUACAAACCCCACCACACAGAGAGCAAACUCGGUACGAGAUCCGCUUCUGUAACCGCGUACCUGUCGAGAGCAGUACAUGUCUGUACUAUUGAUGUGAACAGCUGCUGUAACAGAACAACAGUUGGAUCAGACAUCUGAAUUGCAUUAAAAAGCUGAAAUUAAAUGUCAUAAUUGCAGUGUUUUGGCUCAGUAAUGGCACCAAGAAAGAUGAUAAAAAUUAGAACCUAUUCUAAUGGCUGGUUAUUUCUUGGUGUGGUUGCUAGUGCGUAAGAACACAAGCCGUGCUGCUUCCUUUAGUGAGGUUUUUGCCCAGUUUUUUCCUAGCAACUUUUGCUUUCAAUUUUUGAGGCAACUCUGUGUAACUCUUCAGCAGAUGAGUGUCAAACAGUGUUUGUUUGUUCUCUUCCCCACCAGCUUCAACCAUGUUAGUAACCCCUGGAUCUAUUGAAUAAAUAAGCUGAUCCAUCCAGCAUUGGCGGACUGUGACUCAAGUGCCACCAAAAAAUAACUGAAGUAUGAAAACAGAUUAUUGGAGGGUUUGAUUAGAUUUGAAAACAAUAAUUGAUUAUGGGAGGGCGCUUCAAUGUGUAGCAAUUACAAAAACGUUAAAAACAAACUCUUCCUACUCCUCUUGGACAGAUUGAAAUGAGUGGAAUUUACCUUUAAAUUAUGUAUGUAAUGUAUUGAGCAUUGGAGAAUGUGCCUCAGCUCUCAUCAGUGUCAGGGGAGGACAUCCCUCACUGACCCGCUCUUUGUUUUAUCCUUUGAUGACUUUUAGUCCUUGGCUUACACCUGUGGCGGGGAAGGCAAUGUGUAUUUCAGCUGCUGGGCAGUGAUUACAGAGGGACAUGAGCUGCUCUGACUGGCUUUGUGGGAAAUGUUGCAUGUUCCUCAGAUGAUGAAACCAAAGCUGUCUCUUUCCUAAUUAAAACACAUAAACAUAAGCUCUAUUCUCUGUUCUCAGCCAUUUUAAUGUCUCUGCAGCUGGUUAAGGACUCCUCAAUGUCCCAAAAUUCCAGUUAUUUUUCCACGGGUGCUUUUUGUGGUGUUUGAUUCAGUGGGAAACCCAGACUGGCUCUUGAGCUGUGUUGAGACACCAUUGUGGUGGUGAGGAUACUUUGGUUCUUUCUGAGUGGAAGAAUCAAUAAGCUUGCAUUGUUGAAUUUCUCCCUCUGGUGUGAUCCCUGUGAGGUCAAAGUUCCGUGUUAAUUCCAGGUGCUGGACUCGGUGCCAGAAUUUCCUUGAUGAAAUAACACUCCUGAAUUUCUCCAAUAGCGUUCACGUAGCAAGCACAAUCAGGUGUGGUUCCCAGUAGCUCUACUGACUUACUGGAGCACAGCAUUAGGAAGAAAACCUCUCUGUGAAUAUUGUGUUAGAUCUGGGAAGGCUGAUGCGCGUCUCUGAGAGCUGGAGCUGGUGCCCAGAAAGAAAGGAGCUCCCCUGUGCUGAUAAAUGUGGAGCAUGGCUGUGCUACGUGUCCUUCAACAGCACUUGCUUUUCCAUGUUCUGAGUUUCCAGUAACUGCUCGUCUUGGAAGAAUUGACUUUGUAGCUCUGUUAUAGCUCAGUAGAGGUGUAUCUUCACAUUUUAUCUUUCUGUAACAACCGCAACUAAUAAAGCGGUGUAGGUUUCCAAGCGGUACCAAGAACGAAUAAUUGGUGGUCAGAAGACCUGGAAUGUUCUCAGUGUUGUAGGUGACUUCCAAUGGUGAGUGUGCUGAAGGUGCCAGGGCUUCAUUGCCUGAUAUUGGGAGGAGUUGGCAGGCGUUAAAGCAGCAAAGAGCUCUUGACACAGCUGAGUCCUCUGUCAGCUUCUGUGGUAAUUCCUUUUUUUGUGCUUUUGAAGUUAGAUUGGAGUUAGGAAAAGCCAAUAUUAACCCUUCAGUUGCUAACAGCGUGUGAAAGACACUCUUGACAGUGCUCGCAGCCUAACGUACAGCAGGGGGAUCAUUUCAGUAUUUAGCGCCUGCACUUAUGCCACAGGAGAGGUGCAGCCGCUGUCCUUUGCGGGGCUGUUUGCCAUUCCCAAGCCCGGUUGUUCCCAGCGUUGGCUCCAUCUGCUGUCUGGGCCACAGUGCCACCUCGUGGGAGCCUCCACUGGCUGGGAGAACUCCAGCUCCUGGCUCGGAGCAGCAGGGAUUCUUGCACCGGAGGCUGUUCAUUGCUUUGUUUUGCAAUGAGGUUCCCUGUCACUGCCUCAGUAGCUGUCGUGGGGGUUGUUUCAGACUGCAAAUCACCCAGGCUCCUGUGGCAAACCUCUGUCUGGUGUGUGAGCUUCAUUCCUUUCUGCCUGGACAGACCUGUAUCUGUGGGACCUCCACACGUGGCAGUCGAAGCAGUCAAAAGGGCAAAGUGGAGAAGAAUGCACUGUGUUUUUUAUUGAAGAAUGCAUUUGAUACUUUUAAGUCAGAUUGUGAACCAAUGUAGAGCUGUGAGAGCUUGCUUUCUUUUUAAUUGGGGACUUUAUAAAUUAAAGGACUGAAGAGUUAUUCCCGGGGUUUGUUCGGUUUCCCUUUCAUGUGCACUGUUCAGUUUCUUUGAACAAAUUGGGUAACCUGCAGGCAGUUAUUGACUUGUUUGGAAAAUGAUUUGAUUAGUAUAGGUGCUGCAUGCAUAGAAAUUACUCAUUAAAAGUGUAAAGCCUUUCAUAGGAAGUGUUGUUGCGCAGGCACAGCAGCUGCAGGACAUGAUACCUGCCAGUUCUGAAGGAGCCAUAAUUGUCCAUUGUGUCAACUUGCAACCAAGUGGAUUUCCCACCAAAGUUGGCACAAUGGACCAUAAUGACUGUCACUCCAGUGUUGUGUGACAUGCAGAUUAUGCACAUGCAGAGAGCUCCGAGAACUGUCCCUGCUGUGUCUGCAGUUACUGUUUAUUUUGAAGGGAUGGCCUACACAAAGGGCAGGUUCCCAGUGGUCUCUCAAUAGUGAGGGUCUGAUGUGAAGAUGAGAAAUGCAGCUCAGACUGACCAUCGGUCUCUGACUUUUAGCAGUGCAGUGAAGGGUUUCUGAAUCUCCCAGUGGGAUCCUCCACAUCACACUGCAACAUGGAGCUGCCUCCUGCCAGCUUAGCCACAGUAGUUUGGGAUCCUUUUCAUUGAUGUGCACAGUCGUGUGACUGUCCAGUGUCUGGGUUUCCUCACCAGUCACCCUUGCUUCUGCUGAAGGGAGGAGUAAGGGGCCACCAGCAAGUGUGGAGCUGGUGGGGUGCACAGUGGUUAUGGAAUGUCUGCCUGCUCUGCUGCCUUUUCCCAGGAGGAGGCGCUUUGGGUGAGGCACCUUGCAGCCACAUUAACGGAAUUGAUCACAAAUUCACAAGUGUUUCCAAUCUUUGCACACACGAGGCUGCUUCUUUCUUUGAUUGGGGCUGGAAGGAGGAGAGUGCAGAGAGCAUCAGUGGUUACUUACCCAAAACAAAGAGAACUUUGCAUCUGUUAUACCAGGGUUUCCCAACCUCUUUUUGAUAUGAGGUUUCUCUUCCCCCCCUUCUUCUUACAUGGGGAAACAUACAUUGAAUUUGCUUUGAUUGUUCUAUCUGGUUUUCUUCCCUUAAGCUAAAACACCUGAGCCCCUUCCCUGACUUUCGCUGUCUGCUAGCGAGUCUCUUGGUUGGGAAGCCCUGAAUUCAACUGAGAAUGUAACGGUUUUCUCUUUUUUUGUACAGUGCUUUGCAUCUGUUUAUACUGGACUUGUUUAAUACAAAAUGGUACUCUGAGGUCAUCGGGCAACAGUUCGACCAGGUUUGAUAGCUAACGUUUAGGAGGAGUUUGUUCCCUAUGUAAGAUGUCAUAAUGCAAAUUAAAUAGACUCAAUAAAAUGCAUGAAGUGUUCAUCUUGUGCUUGAUCAUCACUCCUUGGGUUUAUUCUUCUUAUGGUGGGAAUGUACUGAAGUAAAUAGUGGUGGAUGUGGAAGGGAUUUAUUUCUUCCAUACAUCUUUUCCCUUGAUGCUGGGCAGAAAGUAAAAAGCCGGGAUGGUACAGAGUUAACUUCUCAGAAGAAUUUAUCGCUCCUUAGUUCAUAAAACUGAAGUAAUAAAUCUCCCUAUGUCCCAGACUUGUGUAAAUCUGUCCAUAGAUAAUGUGAGGCACCAAUGCAGUGUCUGCAAGCUGUCUUUCAAGUGGUAGGUAGGACUUUUAGGGGUGUCCAUCCAUACAAGAUCAGGGGACAAGGGGCUGAGUCUCCCUAGAAAUACACUCCACAGUGUUGAGCGGCUUUCAUGAGAAUUCUCACAUACAGCUGAAGCUUCAUCAUAAAAUUAGUAGCUGAUGUAUGUGCAAAUGCUUAUUUGUAGUGGGAAGGAAAUUUUUUAGGGUUAGGAAGCUAUCUCUGUUGCCAGCGCUUCCCUCACCUCAGCUCUGCUCCUUGAGUAGGAGGUGGGAGCUGUCCCCUGAGAGGGGCAUGAUGGCAUGGAAACAAAAGAAGGGGUAGGAAGGUGAUGGAUAGCUUUAAAACACGCAGUGCCCGGUGGUUUGGGUGCCGGGGCAGUGAGCAGCAGCAUCCCAGCUGGGCUGGUGCUUGACAGCGCUGUGAGCAAUGCUCUUGUUCAGUAAAGAGGGCUUCUCCAGGAAUGUGCUGAGUUGGGGUUCUGCUCCAGCUUCACUUUCCGUGGGGAGAGCUCUUGGCUAAGGGUUGGAUUUUUUUUUCCAUUCCCACAUGCUUUGUCUUUAGCUCCGUGGUUCAUCUUGCUCUGCAAGUGCAUAGUUCAACCUGAAGCUGAGUCUUUAACACAGGCAUUAACUUUUAUUUCGGUGACUUAAUUCAUGGAGCUGUUCCCACGCUUUCUGUACCAGGAGCUCUUUGCCAAGCUGCUGACUCCAGCCCUGGAGGAAGUCCUUCAGUUUGGGUAGCCCUAUGUUUGUUCCUUAAAAAAUGAUGAUCAACUCCCAAAUUGCUUAAAGAGUCCAAACUGGCCUCGGAGGACGUGUGUAGCUGACUUCACCCUUACGUUUGUUUUCUUUACUAGAUUCCAGGUCUUUGUUUUGGCCUGUAAAAAUUUGUAUAACCUUGUUCCUCCCUCUUGGUGCUUGAACCCUGUAACCUUUUACACUGUCCUACUCUUCCCUUUGGAGUCUCUUUCCACGGCAGAUCCAGACCUUCACAGGGGAAUGUUUGGCAGCUUUGCUGUCCUCCUGCUGGGUGGGAGGAGAAAGGUCGUGUUUGGUGAACCUGUCCAUCCUGAGCGAUGGGAGUGCAGGAAUAACCAUGCACAUCAGGCUUCUCACUUCCAAAGGGCUCUUCUGACUGCUCCUCAGUAAGACCGAGUGUUUGGAAAUAACAGAGGUGGGGAGAAAAGCAAAGGCUGCCCUGCUGCUCACUGGCCCUUCCCAGCUGUUUCUAAUGUGAUUGAACUUGGUUCGGGGCUUUUAAUAUAAUGAAUCUCAGCUCUGUUGUGGCUCCCUAAACCCUUACAAUGAAGUUAUAUAGGGAAAACUAAACCCACUUUUUCUUUUUAUACUGGAGGGGCAUUGUCUCUGACGCUAAUGAGAUGCUGAUGCUGCAUGCUCCAACUGUUCCCCUGAAUAAACCCCUGUUAAGCUGUGCAUGUGAAAAUCUGGGUGUCAAGCCUCCUCAACAAUGAUUACUUCAUAAAAUAGGAGUCAUCCCAUAUUUGCUGAGGGUUUCUUGAGUUUUGGCAUUCUAUGCCAACAGGGUCCUGGGUUUGCAAGGUUUGCAAGGCAGGAUGCUUGUGAUAGCGCUGUGGGAGUGGAACCGCAGGAGCUGGAUGGGGGCUGUGCUGGGUUCCCCAUGCGCUGGCAGCCAGCAGAGUGAUGCCUUGUGCAGCACUGGGAGAAGAGCCGGAUGGGCUCCUGCUUGCCAGCAGAAAUAGGUUGAGGACAGUGGUUUUUUUUUGGUCUGGAGAAGGAUGUUUGAUCAUUGUGAUGGGACCUGUAUGAAAUGCCAUGAAGGAAAAAGUGCCUGGCUUGGUUUCGUGGCUUUGAUAGCUGCUCUGGUCUUUCACAGCUAUGAAACAUCCCCAAUGACACUGACUCAGACCAAAGCCCCACGUUCUUGCCUGUGUCUGCAGAACCAGACCUUGCUUGUAGGCUGGCUGGUGGGUUUGCUGGUGCCGGAGGGUGUUAUGGCUGUGAAAGCUCUUGAAACAAAGCUGUUGGAGGAGUCUGCAGGGUUCAUCUGACCCCAGAGCACGGAUCCAUGCCGAGAUAAGAGCAGGGGUGGGACAGCUGCACGCCUGCCAUGAGCAUUGCUCGCUGUGGGCUGAAGGGAAGGCGGUGCUGGGCAGGUGAACGGCAGGAAAAUAUACGCAGUGGAAGAAAUAGUUUAAUCUCUGUGGGUACUGCUGACUUCUAAAUAAACUAAAUAAAUCCUAAAUAAACUUGGAAAUGACUCGGCCUUUGCUGC